CAUAAAAAAACUUUUUUUUUCUUUUUUUUUUUGUUCAGUAUCUAAUCAAUCAUGAAAGGUUUCUUUGCUCUUUGUAUUCUCAUUGCUGGCCUAUCAAGUACUGCUGCUGUUCCUAUGAAAUCAACUCACCUUCAACUUGAAAAGCGCUAUCUUCUGAUUGAAGCUACUAAAAACUCUGAAGGUCAAUAUGUCUGCCCUGAUGGCUAUAACAAAUUGGAUAACAAUGAAUGUGUCAUUAAGUAUAGACGAGUCAAGCGCUCUCUCAAACACAACUAUAGCGAUGCUGAAAAUAACGAAGCUGGCUGUUCUAAAGGCUCUUCUUAUCGGGAAGGUGCCUGCAAACUGUUGGUAAACAUGCGUUCUUCUGUAGAUACAAUUGAGAUCUCUUGUCCUGAUGGCUAUGUCUAUAGCAAUGGCCAAUGUUCACCUAUUAGAUAAUAGCUAGUAUCCAUCUUCAAUUUAUGCUUUGAUACUAGUAGACCUAGACAUAAAAAUCGUUUUUUGUUUAAAUAAGUCAUUUUCUUUAUUUCAGAUACUUUUCAGUCUUCGAU